ACAGGGACGUCCACAAAAUUGACCUUCACCAUGAGGCUAAAUACAACCCUGAAUUACUCAGGGGAGACAACUCAAAAUUCUGAAAACUAUUCUACAGUUACUCUGCUGUCAGAAUUGACUUCCAAAGUGUUAAGAGAAACAGACUCUACACUGCCAUCUACCUGGCAGACAUCUUCAGUACCUGCAUUCUCAUCAACACCUGUACAAUCACAGGUGAUACAACAAACUGUGGCCAGUUUUACUACAACAACAUUUGUUCCUCUUCUCAUGAAUUCUACAAAUGUGACAGGGUUACCCGACAAUCUGGGUCGGUGCAGUGAUUGGCAGGAUGUCCAGCAUGCACUGUUCCAGUUAGCCAAUCUGUGCCUAGUUUUAUCUUUCCUAACACCAACUAACUUUCAACACCAUGCAUUCUUUCUUCGCUUCAUUCUGGGCUUUGGAUAUUUGUUUUUCUCAAUAUGGGCGGGAAUAUUUGUUUGUAUGCCGGAUGUUCUCAGCUGGAAUUGUUUAUUCUUUGUGGUGAACACAGGACAUCUGUCCUAUCUUAUUUACAGAAUGUUUCCAACGAGAUUCCGCAGUGAAUUAGAAGAACUAUACAGCAAAGUUAAACCUCUGAAAGUGACACGCCAACAAUUCCGAGACAUCAGUAACCAAGGUGAACUUUAUGUGUUAACACGAGGGACUGUUUAUGCAAAGGAAGGCUGCACAGAAGGGGGACGCAAGCUCUCAAUACUCGUAAAAGGCAGGUUAAAAGUGCUGUAUCAGCAGUUAUUUCUACAUUUCAUAGAGGCUGACCAACUCGUGGACUCGCCGGAGUAUGACUCUUAUCGUCUUAGUGGUCACACAACCACGACCUACCAGGUUUCAAUAGAAGCAGCUGAUGACAGUCUUUUACUAACGUGGCCCAUCCCUCAGCUGAGAAAACAUCUUGAUACAGACAGUUUUAUGUCAGCUAUUCUUCACGUCCUUGUGGGGAAGGAUGUCAGUACCAAAUUAUACCAAAUACAAGAACUUUUACUGACCAAUCCAAACUAUAUGCAGUCAGUGUCCAGUCGGCGGUCAUCCCUGGUCAACGUCCGUAGCGCAAUUGUAACAAAUAAAUCCAAUCCCGACCUGAAUAGACUUAACUGCUUUGGUAUUGAUCUCAAAGGUUGGCCUUCAUCAUCUUCAGCAUCCAAUUCAAACUUUGAUGCCUCACAGUAUCCAAAAGACACAUAUGAAAGUUGUGUAUGACAUCAUUGGAAUUGUAUCUAGCAUUGUACAUCAGCAGCCAUCAUAUGAAUAAUGAUGACAUCAUAAUUAUUUGUGUAUUGCAUCAUCAUUCUCUGCGUAGAUUUACACUACUCCAUCAGUUUUGUAGUGUCUUUGAACAAUGUUUAUAUGUAGAAAAAGAAAAAAAAAAUCAUUUGAAGAUUUAACCAUGUGAAUCAUCACAGUAGACAAACACAUUCCCAUCUGACAUAGUGAUAGUUUGUCUUUGUAUUGCAGAAGUAAAUCUUUUGUUCUUAAAAGUGAUGUUUUUGUUUCCCAAAGUCCACUUGUCUAAAUUGCGAUCUUAAUAAAAUACAGGUUAAAUUGAUAAAACUUCCCACAAAUAUUCUUUUCAUAACCCCUUCAUAUUUAUAAGUGAACUCUUGUUGCAGGAGGUGUUCAUGAAAUAAAUCUGUUAUUUUUCAAUAUUCAAAUCAAUUCAUCUGUGGUCCGUCGUCUAUUCAUCUGUAAACAGUUCUCGCUACUGCUAUUUCUCAGAAAGUACUGAAUGGAUCUUUCUCUAAUUUCAUUAUAUAGUUUCCCCUUGGGCCUUAGUUGUGCAUGUUUAAUUUUUUAAAAUGAUCCGAAACAAAAUGGCUGACAAGCGACCAUCUUUGGUUUUAAUAGCUGAAGAUUGUUAUUGAUACAUAUACUUAGGCUUCAUAUGAAGGUUACUGAAUGAUUUAGAGGAGGGGAAAGAAGGGAAAACUAGAGGAAAGGACAGGCUUUUAUAGGACCAAUAUAAAAAGAUCAGUCAGUUGUUGAUGCCAAGAUCUUUCUGGGAUCUAGCUCUUGUUACAUGACUUUGUCAAAAAAAAACUUUAUGAAUAAACUAAACGCUGAAUUGGAAAUAUUAUGAUUCACAGCAGCUCAAUUACCAUAAAAAAUUAAGAUUGUCAAAAUAUUCAGUUAAGUAUUUUACCUGUAGUAUAUGGGACAUUUCUGGAGAGUUUCUGUAUUACAGAAUCUUUACUUUUUUAUGGGAUAUUUUAGGCAGUGUCUGUAUAACAUAAUUCGUACUCUUUUUUAUGGGAUAUUUUAGGCAUAAUGAUAACAAAAACAUAUUCUCACUUGUACCUGUCAAUGGCUAAUAUCAUAUCAUUAUGUUUCACUAUAGGUAUGUUCAAUGUUAUAUAAAAAUCUUUAAGUUUUGUCACACUGAGUAAAAAUUCUGCAGAUAAUUAUGUGGAUUUUUUUUUCUUUAUAGUCAAAUGAUUUUUUUUUUUUAACUUCAGUGAAAUUAUAAAUGAAUUAUUUUUUGACAAUCAGAGUGGAAAACUAGUUUCAAGAAAGAUAACUCUUGGAAGUGAAUGGAACAUACCGUAUAUGGAAAAGCCAAGGCUCCCUAUCUCAUGUACAUGUAAAUUAAAGCUUAUCUUGGUUUUUAAAUCCCUCUGUCACAAAAAUAACAUUGUAUCAGCAUUUUUAAGCCCCCAAAAAGGGAAGAAAGCGCAGCAAUUAUGAAUUAAUUGUGUAUGAAAUUUUACCUAUUUCCUUAUUUGAUUGGAUGUUAAAGGCUUAAUUCUGAAAAACACAAUUGUGAUUGUUACUAUUGGGUUAAUGGAUGUCAUUUUGCCAUUUCCCCAGUUAUGGAUAGUAACACAGAAUUAACUGUACAUGUGACUUCAUAUAGCUGGAAUACAAUGUAUAACAGUUACCUGGUAUAGUGUACAUUAGUUACUGUCCUAAUGUGAAUCUGACUGUCCCAGUGUGAUCUAACUGUCCCAUUGUGAUCUAACUGUCCCAUUGUUAUCUAACUGUCCCAUUGUUAUCUAACUGUCCCAGUGUGAUCUAUCUGUCCCAGUGUGAUCUAACUGUCCCAGUGUGAUCGAACUGUCCCAGUGUGAUCUUACUGUCCCAGUGUGAUCUAA